CGCUGCUCAUCAUUACCUUUCUAAAACCCUAAACUUUCGACCAACAACCUCCUUCUCCCCUGAUCUUCUCCGAUGCCGCCGCGCAGUCGUAAGAGGGUCGUCGGUGGACCGAAAGCAGUAAAGAAGAAGGCGAGGUCCUCUGACAAUGCUUUCUUUGAGCCUGAACCCAAGCGGAGCCGGAGAGGCGGCGGCCUCGACGACGACAUCGAGAGCUUAGAGAGCGACGAGGAGAUGAGCGAACAGGAUAGCGAAGACGAGGAAGAGGAGACAGCCGGCGAGAAGAGGAUUAGGGUCGCGAGGGAGCACCUAGACAAGGUCCGAGCUAUCGCGAUGAGGGUGCAUGAGGACGAAGGGGAAGAGGAGGAAGGUGACGAGGGAAGAUAUGAGAGGGAGGGUAAAAGAGAUUCCUUGGUGGCCGAGCUCCUUCAAAAGGAGCAGCUUGAAGGGAGUGGUCGCCUACAAAGAGUCAUUGCAACUAGGGUUCUACGACCAGAACCUGAUGACAAAUUUCGAAUGCUAGUGAAACAUCAUCUGUCUGUUACUGCUGUUGCUUUAGCUGAAGGUGAUUCAAAGGGGUUUUCAGCUUCUAAAGAUGGAGUUAUUAUGCAUUGGGACGUUGAGACUGGUAAGUCUGAGAAAUAUUUGUGGCCUUCUGAAGAUGUAUUGCUAUCACAUCAAGCAAAGCCACCACAAAAUUCAGCUAAGAAAAGGAGUAAGAAUGUCCUAGCUCUGGCUAUUAGUUCUGAUGGGCGGCUGUUGGCAAGUGGGGGGUUGGACCGCCAUAUCCAUUUAUGGGAUACCCGCACUCGGGGACAUGUCAAGGCAUUUCAUGGUCACAGAGGACCUGUUUCAUGUCUUACCUUUAGAGAAGGGACUCCACAGCUUUUUUCUGGGUCCUUCGAUAGAACAAUUAAGUUAUGGAAUGCUGAAGAUAAAACUCACAUGGACAACUUAUUUGGCCACCAGAGUGAUAUACUGGCAAUUGACUGCCUGCGAAGAGAGCGACUUUUAACUGUAGGGCGUGAUCGUACCAUGCGAUUGUGGAAGGUACCUGAGGAAUCACAGUUGGUCUUUCGGGCUCCUGCGUCAUCUUUGGAAUGUUGUUGUUUCAUAAACGAUAGUGAGUUCUUAUCUGGCUCUGAUGAUGGUAGCAUUGAGCUCUGGAGUUUAAAGCGCAAGAAGCCUACACACCUAAUAAAAAAUGCACAUGCUCCAUCUCUGUUGAACUGCAGUCAUUCAUAUGAAGAGAAUGGGACAACUACUUGUAAUGGCGGCGAUAUAGACAAUGGGUGCAAAAAAAAAGAAAGUCAUUCUUCAGCUCACUCGUGGAUUAGUUCAGUUGCUGUAUGUAGAGGUAGUGAUCUUGCUGCUUCUGGAGCUGCGAAUGGAGUUGUUCGCUUGUGGUCGAUUCAAAGUGAGAGCAGUGGUAUUAGGCCAUUAUAUGAUUCUUCUCUGGCUGGAUUCGUCAAUUCACUUGUAUUUGCUAAAUCUGCACGCUUCCUUGUCGCCGGUGUUGGUCAGGAACCUCGUCUCGGGAGAUGGGGUCGCGUCUCAUCGGCACGAAAUGGAGUUGCCAUACACCCCAUCAAGUUGAAAGACGAGCAUUUAUCGAUCGCCUGAACCAAGAUUUUGCAACGAUAUAGAAUCCUUCUUCAGUCUGGCAAGGAUGAGCAAGUUCCACAUGUAGUUGUGUAUCUGAUAUGAUUUGUUCACUCAGUCAGUUCAUGUAUUACUAUUAGCUGCCUUGUAUUAACUUAAUUCUUUUUGUCAAGGAAAUUAUAGCAACAUUUUGGGAGGUUUACUCGAUUGUGUUUGACUUAAUUUUGGAAAUAAAAUUUCUUCAAAAGCCUUGGGGUGUCAAUAAGGCUUGAUUUGUGCCUUUCAA